GGGCCCUGAGAGGACGCUGGACAGUCACAUAAGUCCAAUAGACUGCAGACAUGCUCAGGUUCCUACUUUUGACGUCCCUCGCAGCCCUGGUGCUGGCUGAGCUGGAGCCCCAGCCCAGGUACCUGGAGGACAGUGUGGAGGGCCGUGUCGUGGGCGGUGAGGUGGCUAGGGCUCAUUCCUGGCCCUGGCAGAUCUCCCUCCAGUACAAGUCUGGAGGCUCCUUCCGCCACACCUGUGGAGGUACCCUGAUCAGGAAGGGAUGGGUCAUGACUGCCGCCCACUGUGUGGACAGUUCCCGUACAUGGCGCGUGGUGCUGGGGGACCACAACAUCAACGUGCAUGAGGGCAGCGAGCAGUACAUGAGUGUCAGCCGGGUCCACAUCCACCCCAACUGGAACUCCAACAGUGUCGCCGGAGGCUGGGACAUCGCCCUUCUGCGUCUGACCUCUGACGCUGUUCUGAACAACAACGUCCAGCUGGGCUCUCUGCCCCCUACUGGCCAGAUUCUGCCUAACAGAAACCCCUGCUACAUCACCGGAUGGGGACGCACCAAGACCGGAGGCCAGCUUUCCGCCGAGCUGAAGCAGGCUACCCUGCCCUCUGUCGACCACAGGACUUGCACCAGCUCCUCAUGGUGGGGAAGCACCGUCAAGGAGUCCAUGGUCUGCGCUGGAGGUGCCAGCGAGUCUGGUUGCCAGGGUGACUCUGGUGGACCUCUGAACUGCAGCGUUGGGGGCCGCUGGGUGGUCCACGGUGUGACCAGCUUUGUGUCUUCUGCUGGAUGCAACGCCAUCAGGAGGCCCACCGUCUUCACCCGCGUCUCCUCCUAUAUCGGUUGGAUGAAUGGGAUCAUGGGUUAAAGCUCAAGAGGACCUCCAUGCAUUCUGUGAAAAUUCAUCCUUACGUGAAUAAACUGUAUAAUUCAA